AUGCGGUUCAUCGAAGCCCCCUACCUGGGCCAAAGCUCCCCUUCUGCCGAAAAUGUACUGGCAAAGGCUCUGAAGGAAACGGAAGAAAAGCUCAAAGCUUCUGAGAAUGAGAAUGAGCGACUCUCUCUCCGAAUCAAGCUUCUCGAGGAGCGACAUGAACAAGACGGCAAAAUGAUGGAAUUCAACUACCGUCUGCUCAGCCGCCUCGACUGCCUACGAGAUGACCACGAAAAUCUCAAGAAAACCGUCACUGCUUCCAACGAAAAGUUCGAGAACAAGUUUGCCCGCUACAAAAGCAAAGCCUCCGCGCAAGAGAAGGAGAUCACCAAAAUCAAGGAAUCUGCCGUUUCCCUGACCGAGGAACUCUCUGAAAAGUCGGCCAAGAGCGCUGCCACCGUCAGGGACCUGGUCGAGGACGUGGAGUUCUUGAACAGUUGGAUGAGCGAAGUCAAGGUGGCUGAAUACGAACUCCAAACUAAGGAGGCUGAACACGAACUUCAAGCCAAGAAGGCCGAGCGCGAACUCCAAGACAAGAAAAUCGAGCGCGAACUCAAAUUCAAGAGGGUCGAACGCGAACUCCAAGCUCAGCAGUCUAGACUCGAACUCUUGGGGCAGGUUUCCGCCUCGCCACGUAGCCGACGUGUUGAAACCGCAUGGGGGGACUCGACACGCGAUCGACGUGAUGAAUGGUAUGGAGAAGAGGAUUUCCCUGUCGCGACAAGCGACCAACUGAAUACAUGGGGUGGAGGGGGAUGGUAA